UCCCGGCGGCGGCGGCGGCGGCCCGGUGACGUGUCUGCGCCACAGCCCGGCCCAGGGAAGCGGCGGCGCCAGCGACUCGGCCCCGGCAGCGGCGUCUGGCGGCCGUGCCCUGCCGAGCCCGCCCGUAUCAUGUUCAACGUGGAGAGCCUGGAGCGUGCCGAGCUCGGGGAGAGUCUCCUCACCUGGAUCCAGACAUUUAAUGUUGAAGCACCAUGCCAGACUGUGGAAGAUUUAACGAAUGGGGUUGUGAUGGCCCAGGUGCUUCAAAAGAUAGAUCCAGCAUACUUUGAUGAAAACUGGUUAAACAGAAUCAAAACAGAAGUAGGAGAUAAUUGGAGGCUAAAGAUAAGCAAUCUGAAGAAAAUUUUAAAAGGAAUACUGGAUUAUAAUCAUGAGAUUUUAGGGCAGCAGAUUAAUGACUUUACCCUUCCUGAUGUUAACCUGAUUGGAGAGCACUCAGAUGUUGCAGAGCUUGGAAGAAUGCUUCAGCUCAUUUUGGGAUGUGCUGUGAAUUGUGAGCAGAAGCAAGAGUACAUCCAGACCAUCAUGAUGAUGGAGGAGUCUGUUCAACAUGUUGUCAUGACAGCUAUUCAGGAGUUGAUGAGUAAAGAAUCUCCAGUCUCUGUUGGAAAUGAUGCUUACGUUGACCUUGAUCGUCAGUUGAAGAAAACUACAGAAGAAUUAAAUGAAGCCUUAGCAACAAAAGAAGAAAUUGCUCAGAGGUGCCAUGAAUUAGAUAUGCAGGUUGCAGCACUUCAAGAGGAGAAAAGUAGUUUACUAGCUGAGAACCAGAUCCUGAUGGAACGUUUGAACCAAUCUGAUUCUAUAGAAGAUCCCAACAGCCCUGCAGGGCGAAGGCACCUGCAACUACAGACACAGUUAGAACAGCUCCAGGAGGAAACAUUUAGGCUAGAGGCAGCCAAAGAUGAUUAUCGAAUACGUUGUGAAGAGCUGGAAAAAGAAAUUGCAGAAUUGCGACAGCAGAAUGAAGAGCUAACCACUUUAGCAGAAGAGGCUCAGUCUUUGAAGGAUGAGAUGGAUGUACUUAGGCAUUCUUCUGAUAAAGUGGCUAAGUUAGAAAGCCAGGUAGAGUCAUACAAAAAAAAGCUGGAAGAUCUUGGUGAUCUGCGUCGGCAAGUGAAACUCUUAGAGGAGAAGAACACUAUGUAUAUGCAAAAUACUGUAAGCUUGGAGGAAGAACUAAGGAAAGCCAAUGCAGCGCGUAGCCAACUGGAAACAUACAAGAGACAGGUAGUUGAACUACAAAACAGAUUAUCUGAAGAAUCGAAGAAAGCAGAUAAAUUAGAAUUUGAAUACAAAUUGUUGAAAGAAAAAGUAGACAGCCUCCAAAAAGAAAAAGAUAGGUUAAGAACGGAAAGAGAUUCCCUAAAAGAAACUAUCGAAGAGCUUCGAUGUGUACAAGCACAAGAAGGGCAGCUCACCACUUCAGGAUUGAUGCCACUGGGAAGCCAGGAGUCUUCAGACAGCCUAGCAGCAGAAAUUGUUACUCCUGAAAUUAAAGAGAAACUCAUUCGUCUUCAGCAUGAGAACAAGAUGCUGAAGCUUAACCAAGAAGGUUCCGACAAUGAAAAGAUUGCCUUGUUGCAGAGUCUGCUAGAUGAUGCAAAUCUACGGAAGAAUGAACUGGAGACAGAGAACAGGCUGGUAAAUCAGAGACUUCUGGAGGUGCAGUCACAGGUUGAAGAAUUGCAGAAAUCUUUGCAGGAGCAAGGUUCAAAAGCUGAAGAUGCUAUUUCAGUUCUUCUGAAAAAGAAGCUCGAAGAACAUCUGGAGAAGCUGCAUGAGGCUAACAAUGAAAUACAGAGGAAACGAGCUAUUAUUGAAGAUUUGGAACCAAGAUAUAACAACAGUUCACUCAAAAUUGAAGAAUUACAAGAAGCUUUACGGAAAAAAGAGGAAGAAAUGAAGCAAAUGGAGGAACGAUACAAAAAGUACUUGGAAAAGGCCAAGAGUGUUAUCCGUACUUUAGACCCUAAACAAAACCAAGGCACAGCUCCUGAGAUUCAGGCUCUGAAAAAUCAACUGCAGGAACGGGACCGAAUGUUUCAUUCAUUAGAGAAAGAAUAUGAGAAAACAAAGACUCAAAGAGAGAUGGAGGAGAAAUUUAUUGUGAGUGCCUGGUACAAUAUGGGAAUGACUCUGCAUAAAAAAGCAGCAGAAGAUAGACUGGCUAGUACAGGCUCUGGACAGUCCUUCCUGGCUAGACAAAGGCAAGCCACCAGCACAAGGAGAUCUUACCCUGGUCAUGUCCAACCAGCUACAGCAAGUGAUGUGGUUGCAUGACCUGCAGCAUUAUUUAUCAAACAGGGACUGUUCAGUGCAUGACUUGCUUUCUGUCCAGACUGCAUAACCCAAAACUUAACCAGUUCUACCACUUAAGACUCAUGGCAUCUGAUUUCAAAGAGAGAGAUCCACUUGCAAAGAAGCUUGCCAUCUUGGGGAGUGGCUUUACCAUCUCCCUCUUCCACCUCCCCUCCAGAAUAAAGUCUCCCCAGGAGACUGGGGCCAGGGAAAAGCCAAUAUUCAGAAUUCUUGAGAGGGUAUUUGGUAAAUUGACACAGUUCCCUUUCAGCACUCCGUUUUUUCUGUCUAUCCACUUUGACUACUUCAUUCUGAUUAUUAACACACAACCUUCUGCUCCAUUUCCAUUUGCUAAGCUAGACAACAGCUAGUCUUAAUGAGGUCAUAAAUGUAUCUUUCUGAUCAUUCAUCUGUUAAAGCUCUUGCACAUUUGAAGGCUCUGCUUUAAUCAGGUUUUUAAUAUUUAAAGUAAAGCCAAGAAAGUUUUCUUGCAGGAAAAAACUAUUACGAAUUGUUGUUUGACCCUCCCAUGUUCCUUAAAAAAUAAGCAAGGUAUAUCUGCUAAGCUCCAAGCCUGGACAAACUAUCAUGCAAUAUUUUAUUUACAAACAUUGCAUACUUUCUUAAUAUGUAUAUACACAGUAGUUUGUGACUGUUACAUUUUUCUCUGUCCAUUUAGCUGUGUCAUCAGUUUCUUUCAGUAACAUUUUUUUCUAUCUGUGUACAAAAGUUAAACAAUUCUAGAAAGGAACAUGAAUGGAGAUAACUAGUAUAAAAUCAGUCUACACUUGGUGACUUACAGUAUUAUGCAAAAUAUCCUUGCCAGCUUAUUUGGGUUGUUUAUAUUUUACUUGUACUAUUUGAGUUGUCUUUUUCUUAUCCCUGUUUCAGUUAUUUCAUUUCCAUUUGCACUAGCAUGCCUGUUUUUUUGUAUUAUGAAGUAUUGCUAUAAGAUUUGCAGUAUGUAGACAGUAUAACUCAAAAUGCUUUGUUCUGCCUAUAUUGACUAAUUUUAAAAGCUGCUUAUUUAAAAUUUUAAAUUCUUAAAUAUCCACAUGUUUGUAUUACUGUAUUUUCAUUUUGUACUUGGACAGACAGCACUGGCAAGAUACAAGACAUGAGGAAAUGCUGUUUUGUAGUAUUCUAAGUUCAUGUGUUUAUUGUGUAGAUACUGUCGUUUUAACAUCUGGGGCAAAGGUGAGACCUUGUAAGCCAUAGUAUUCGCUAAAAAGCCUCAAGAGAAUCUGGAAUCAUUAGUACUGUACAUUGUUCCGUUUGAUUAGAAGUCCAGUUCUUGAGCAACCCCACGCUUCCUACCUAGAUCUCAACCCUGCAGAAACUUAGACAUGUCCUUAACUUUACUCAUGAGCAAAUUUAAGCAUCAGAGCCUUAGGGGCAAAUUGACCCUGUCUUUGUGCCUGCAAAGCACUUGGGAGGCUGGAUAGGGGCAGCACAUCCCUUGCUUGGUACAGAGGCCUGCUCUGUGCACCCUCCUUUCACAUCAAUACACAGGGAUAGGUGGGGCAGGGCUGGAGGAGUAUUGGGCCCCCCUAGUCUCCGUAGCCUCUUCAGAACCUGUAAGGAGCAUUCUGUUCAGCACCAGGUCCAACUAGCUAGGGCCUGGGCUCUCACCUUGCCCUUAAUAGUCAUGUGUAAGUCCCAGGCAGCCCUCCCGGUCAGAUACACCCCGGGUUUGAUCAGCCUGGAGGGAAACUGCACCAGAUCUGGAGGCGGUGAUGUGAGGAGUGAUGCAGGGGAACAUGUAGCUCACUGUCCCUUUCUCUGCCCUACAGCAAUCACUGACUCUUCUGUGGGGGCCAAAGGGAGAUUAGGACUGGGGUCUCUGCAGGAGGUAGGGGAGAAAAUAAGGACUGGGAUGGAACUGUGUUCCUUAUUCUCUCUGCUGGAGGGCAGAGCAGGAUGACUCAUCCCUCCACAUUCCCUCUCUUGAGGGCCAUGCAGGAGGUUCUUCAGUCUUAUGGGAUCCAAGUACUCUGUCAGGAAGGGCUCUCAUCACUGCCGGGGGAGCUGGGGGCUCAUCUCUACAACCUCCCAGCCUGCUGGGGCAAUGCAGUUACAGAUUUCACCAUCCGGGGAGCUCAGGAUGUAGGUGGCAUCAGAAGUGUCACUAAUCUGUCCCACACAGAGGCCUUAGGAUCUGAUCGGGGUGGGCCAGGCAAUACUUGAACAAUGCACAGCAAAGAGCCCCCUGGGCCUGGUAUGUGACAUUUCAGCAUUAAUAACCGUAGAUCCCUUGCUAGGAGGUACUGUAUAAACAUGCCUUCUCUCCUCGUUGGGAAAUGGAUGAGUGGCUUUGAGCUGCAUUUUCCAACUCUGUAGUGCAGCUGGUGAUGUCUUCCCCAACCGCUGCUGGAUAUCGAUGUCUCCAGAGUUGGUAGUUUUGGGCUGGCAAUGCCAUUUGACUGUCGAGGAGUUAGACAGAGACUUCUGGAGUAGUGGCUCUGGGUGUGUUGGAGCUGUUCUCCCCGCCACCAGCCUGGCUGUGUAGAUUAGUAGUUUACUAUUCAAGCUGUUCUGAAGCCAAGGCAUUUGUAUCUUCCUGAAAAGUUUUUAGCUUGACAUAACUGUUUGAGUCUACUCAGUGCAGUAGAGAAAUGUCAGAUUGAGCUAGUAACCUCAAGUAAAUGUGCUGUCUUUCUUUUAAUUAAGUUAUCCUAGCAUCUCUCCCCCAGAGGGUGAUCCCAAGCAUGUUUCUAAUGUACUAACCGGAUGUGUGCGUAAGAGACUGUUUUAUUUUCUCAGUGGCAGCUUGUUUGACUGUCCUAAUUUGUGUUGACCAGUUAUCAAAAUAACUGUUUGUGAAAUUGUCAAUAAUAUAUUUUCUGUCAGAGAAUGGAUUUCUAGAGUGUGAACGCAUUAAUUUCCCUUUUCAGUUCACCUAUGGAUUCUUAUCCUGUAACUACCAGAUUGUCAUGGUAGUGGCAUUAAUAUACAUAUCUGUAAAAAGAAAAAAUACAAGAUAAUGGUCAGAAGAAUGCAAACAUUUUAAUAAUGUUUUUCCCAGUCAAAUACAAUAAUGCUUCCAAGGCUACAAAAAAGUGUACAGUUGUUAAACAAGUUGUAAAUAAAGGCUUAUAUAAAAUGGAA